AUGGGUCUUCCCUCCUCUGGAAACCAGAAGGGUCCGGGGUGUGUGAACAUCGUGGUGGGACAUUUUAAAAACCUAGACUCUCGCUUCCCUCUGAAUAAGACACCAUCAAAGCAACGUGACAGGAUCAUUAUAUUAGAAGAGACUUACCAAGGAAACAUUUCUCUCAAAUGCAUGCAAGACACUGAGGAAUUCCUUUCCGAUCUGAAUUCAGUGGAGCCCAGAGAAUACGCUCUAAGAAUGUACGACUCUGUUGGGAAGCUUGGGAGCAACGUUCUGAACGGAAACGUGGACAGGCUGGGCGCCUACAGCGAGUGCCGCUCUGCCCAUGCGCCUUCGGGGCACUUCCAAGGCCGGUACUGCAAGCUUCAGACCCUGCAGGACGGAACUGAAUACAGUGUGGGCGUGUGUGUCCCUGAUUCUUGCACUGAAGCAGACGUGACUGUGAUGUCUCAGUUGGAUAUUUUAAGAUUCAGAAAGACUUCAUUUUUGGCCCCUUCUCUCUCUCUCUUUACCAUCAAUUCUUCCUCCUCAUCUGGCACGGGUGUGGCUAGAUGUGCUCCUGGAACGUUCCCCCUCGACACCUUUGGGACCAUGUGUCUAUGCCUCACUGUGCUGGGCCUCUCCCUUCCCCUGGUGGGGACUGUCUAUGUGGCGGCAAGGGGGCGGGGGUCCGACCGCAGGGAGUCACCCUCACAUCGGGCACAGCCGGCCACUGACGGGAGCCUGCCUCUGAGAGAGACACCGAGGAGUGACCCAGGGAACAGAAUGGAUUGCCUGUCCCAACUCUCGCUCUCUGGAACCCCAAGCAGAGGAAAAAGAUUUUUAGGAGCCGCAGAGCAUGCUCUGAAGUGCUUUUCUUGGCAGAAGAACGCGCCAGCCCUCUGGACCUCAGGGACCCCGAGAGGCAUGUGCUCGGCGCUGAACGGCAUCCGGGCUCUGAGUCUCCUCUGGAUCGUGUCGGGACACACCAGCCAGAUGACCGCAUGGCUGUCUUUGGAUAAUGUGCUUCAGUGGAAAAGCAAAGUGCUUAAAAAUCCGCUGUACCUUUAUUCUCGGAGUGGCCCGUUCUAUCUUGGGGUUGACACCUUCUUCCUGAUCAGUGGCUGGCUAAGUGCAAGAUCAUUUUUAAGGAUGCAUCAGACUUCAGACAAAGGAACAACCUGUCAUGUCAUCCUCAGGUACUUCCUCAGCCGCCUUACAAGGUUGCAGCCUCUUCACAUGUACUCGGUGUGCCUGCUGGUGGGAGCGUUCUCUCUUGUUCCCUGGGGACCUGUCUGGGAAGUGUCCCAGCUCCACGUGGAUAACUGCCGGCGCGAGUGGUGGACGAAUCUGCUGCUGCUAAAUAACUUCGUAUCGGUCCAAAGCGCGUGCAACGGCUGGACGUGGUACCUCGCCAACGACUUCCAGUUCCACCUCCUCACGCCGGGGCUCGUCCUCCUCCACAGAAAAAGUAAACAUGUCCUUGUCCUCCUCGGGGCCAUGCUGUUCUUGGCAUCUUUCACCGCCACAGCUCUGCUCACACUGGCUUACUCCCUUCCGGUCGCAGCUCCAUCAGAAGUGAGUGAAAACGUGACCUUGUUGUACUUCUCUGAGUACUAUACGAAGCCCUACUGCCGAUUCGGACCCUUCCUGGUGGGCCUCUUUCUGAGCAUUUUCAUGCACCAAAACCACCAGGCAAAUAUUCUUAAGACCAAGACGCAGGCCCUGCUGGGCUGGACUUGCUCCCUGUCCACCCUGUUCGCAGUGGUCGCGCUGGCAUACGCAGUGGACGAUGCGUCGGCCCCCUCUUCGCUGGCCGCCGCUCUGUACCAGGCCCUCCACCGGACCCUGUGGGCCGCAGCCGUGGGCUGGGUCGUGUUUGCGUGUCAGGAAGGCUAUGGAGGGCUGGUGAACCGGCUGCUUUCCUGCCAGAUCUGGGCUUUCCUGGCCAGCAUCAGUUAUGCCUGCUACUUGGUACAUCCGAUUCUCAUCAUGCUCUACAAUGGACUUCAAGAAACGCUCAUUCACUACAGCGACACCAACAUGUUCUAUCUUUUCUCCGGACACUGUUUGCUGACUGUCAUCACGGGGCUGGCCCUGACGCUCUUCAUUGAGAAACCAUGUCAGGAGCUGAAGCAGUACCUGUUGGGACCAAUGCCUGCUGGGCCAUGA